AGUUGUGAAACGGUGAUGGGAUGGUGUUAAACAAAGUAUUGCAUAAAUAGAACAAUUGCACAAAAUUUAAAAUUUUCUUAAAAUAGUAGCACAAUUUGUGGUUGUUUCCAAUUGAACGGUGUUCGGCUGUAUCAUUUCCAUUGGAACGUACCACCAAGAACACGCCAACAUGGUUGUAGGAGCUUUUCCGGCCGCCAAACUGGGCGUUCUGGCCAUGAAACAAAUCUCCAAACCUAUAGCCAGUCUACUCAAGGCACGAGCCAAGAACAGUCCAUUCUUUCGGAAGUAUGUUUGUAUGCCACCGGCACAGUUCUACAAUUGGAUGGAAGUGAAGACCAAAAUGUGGGCAAUGAAUCUCGGAAAGCCCACCAAUGUGCCUGUGUUGAACGAAGCUAUGGCCAUUGAACUAGGAGCCAAUCUACUGGGUGAAAUUGUGAUCUUUACCAUUGGUGCCGGCUUACUCCUACUGGAGUAUCAGAGACAAGUGCGAAAAGAAGAUAUGAAAGAAGAUAUGGUUAUGCAGGAAAAGCUCGAACUGCAAGCAACAAUCAAUGAACUGAUAUUUCAGGUGCAACGGCAAGACACUCAAAUUAGGGAAAUGGCUCGAGUAGUGGCAGAUUUAGAAUCUAAAUCAUCAUGGAAGCCAAAGAUUUUGGCUGAUCUGACCAGCAAAAGAAACAGUGCGGAGCAGCCGUUAUAUAUUCCGGAUAAACCGACUCCACAACAACCGCCAACCAGCGGUAAUUCCGGUGUGGUAACAAAAGCAUUGAAUGUGAUUGAAAAUGAAGUCUUUUAUAGAGAAAGCGAACCGGACAGCGAAGAAGACGAAUCCGGACGAAGAGCGGACGUUAUCACGAAAGCCAUAAUAUAUCUGGUGGGUGACACCAGCAAUAGAAGUAGAUAAAUGUAUUGUUCUUUCGUUCGGUUCGUUUUGCUCUUAGGUUGUUGUUUUGUAAAUAGAUUUGAAAGGGUAUGCUUAGAUUGCUAGAUACUCUUACUUACAAAAAAUGUUUGAAUAAAAAGACAUGCCUGAAUUAUUGCU